UCUUACUUACUCUUUGAUUGUAACUUCGCGCGAAUUCGAUUACGUUCUGUAACCAAGAUUGUAUCCUGGCACGAUCUCGGUGUCCUUUCGAUGCCACGAGAUCGCCAGCAAAUAAACAUCGACUUGGUCCAUUAAUUGCCUUCUGGUAUUCGGCUUCUCGGGGAUUUUAUGGAGUCAUUUGGAACGAGCUACUUACGCUUUCUGAUUUAUCUGGCACGUGUUUCUUGGUAGCGGUGUUCAUAGUUAAUCUCAACUCGACGCCACGCUACAAUUGGUAAUCCCAAUUCGACUACAUUUGGUGACCCGUAUUUUGGAACACGCCUCAGCUUCUGGUCAAAUCUUCCAAAGAAGCCAAUUCGGUGAGUCUAUGAUUUAUCUAUCCACGUCUGUCGUAUAUUUUCAUAUUUUUUAAUAUAUGAUAUACGCGACAUGACGGAUAACGAUAAGAAUAGUAUUAAUAUAAUAGACUCACACGUAUGUGUACCGAAUCCUUGUCACUUUUUAUUCGCGUGAUGAUGAAUUCCACGCUUUAUUCGAGAAAUGUUACCCUAUUAACGAUUCUCCUCGCUGACCCGGCUGCUUGGUACGGAAUGCAUACGCAUAAGCAUCUCCGUCUACCACCCAGCACCAAAUGGUUAAGUUGAACGGUUUCACUGCCAACUUAAAAGUGUUCUACGAGCACACGAAAACGGCAACUGGCACGAAACCAUACCGCUCGUUCUUUUAGGGGGAGAACGAGCUUAAAGGCAGAUAUCCAAUGUUCCGCCACUGAACUUGUAUACGGCACGACAUUGCGUCUGCCCGGAGAAUCUUUCACACCACGGAGCAGACCUAAUUUUGGUAAAUCAGACAACGUCCGUCGACUGUCUGCAUUUAUGUGAACGCUGUCUCCGGUGUCAACUCGAAUACAACAUCGACAGGUCGCUCUCCCUCGAGAGUUAUCUACCUGUUCACAUGUUUUUGUACGAGUAGAUUCGGUACGCAAACCUUGGCAACAACCUUACGAAGGCCCUUUUCACGUGAUCGCUCGUCACGAAAAGACCUUCAAGGUUGAUCGACAUGGACGCGUCGAGAUCGUCAGCGUUGAUCGUCUCAAACCAGCACACGUCGAUGACAGUGCCCUAUCUGGUAACCUGAGAUUCAAUGCUAGACCUAUUAAACCUAGCGGGAUCCUUAAAUCUUCAGGUCCCACGCUAGAUGCAUCUGAGACCUCAUUCUCACGUCCCGGUCAACAGCACGCGUCAUCUGCACCGUCUACGGACGAGACGAUAGUCUCACGUCCAGAUCAGCAGACCACGCCGCCUCUGACCUCGGAUGAGAUUGCAGGCUCACGCGACGCGAACGAGACUGCCGUCUCACGUUCCGGUCGCCGAGUACGGUUACCCGUACGCUUCCGCGAAUAGUCGCACAGUCAGCUACCGAUACGGUGUAGGAUUAUUCCUAUACUACACGUAUGCUACACUCUUCUUUUUUGAUUUUCUUUUUGUUUCCUGAGCCCACGCCUUCGACCAUCUCCGUUUGGUUCCGUCGACUUCAGUCAACUUUGGCGAAAGCUGGAUUGGCCACCCAUGCUCUUGUCAACGCACUCAGUCGAUAUAUUGGUUUCGAACGCUUGGCACACGCUUGGUCUCGAACUUGGUCGUUACGGUCGCUUCUGGUCUUUUGGCUCAACGUGGUUUCGUCCUUCGUCUGCAGCGUUCCUGGUCCGCACCCUACGAACGCCCUCUUCAGAUUCUGGAUACAAACCACUCUCGUGUAGCAUGCCAACUCGAGCAAUCAAUACAACACAUCGCUCCUGGUACUGUUCUCCGAAAACGACCUUCGUUGGCAACUCGACGAUCAACGAUCGCUUUCCUGUUCGCCAAUCUUUCCGUCCUACAAUCGCUCGUCAGCCGAUCAGUCCCACGAUUCAAACCGCUAUUUAUCGAAAGUGUAAACCCUUUCUAGCGGGGGGCUCCUGUAGUGACUCACAUUUAUCACGAGAACACGACUGGUUUAAUAAAAACAAUUAUUAUUAUAACCAAGUGUACCAGUGACUGUUUUAAUGUGCUUUUGUUUGACUGUGCUAAUGACAGCUAUUUUGUUCUUCCAUUCUUUACUUACUCUUUGAUUGUAACUUCGCGCGAAUUCGAUUACGUUCUGUAACCAAGAUUGUAUCCUGGCACGAUCUCGGUGUCCUUUCGAUGCCACGAGAUCGCCAGCAAAUAAACAUCGACUUGGUCCAUUAAUUGCCUUCUGGUAUUCGGCUUCUCGGGGAUUUUAUGGAGUCAUUUGGAACGAGCUUCUUACGCCUUCUGAUCUAAUUGGCACGUGUUUCUUGGUAGUGGUGUUCAUAGUUAAUCUCAACUCGACGACACGCUACAAUUGGUAAUCCCAAUUCGACUACAAGCAUUACGAAGAACGCCUCCGUUCACUAGACCUUUACCCACUAGAAUAUAGGCGUCUUAGAGGUGAUUUACUAAUGGCUUAUAGCAUUCUUAACACUUCUGGACAUCCUCUUAAACACCUACUUAAGCUUAGUUCGAAUAAUAACCUAAGGGGUAACACCCAGAAACUGGAAACACAACAUAGCAAGACGGAAUGUAGACACAACUUCUACUCCUUAAGAGUUGUCAAAAGCUGGAAUUCGCUGCCGGCCGAGCUAGUCCAAGCGACUUCUCAGGAGUCCUUCAAGAGGCAACUUGACCUAUUCUUAAGGACCAAGGACAGCAUCACAUUAUGAUUUACCAAUUUCUUUUCCUUUUUUAUUGUUAACAUACCUAGGUUCCUGCCUGGAGGAUUUGGUGAUCCCCUGCUACUAGACACGGAAGCCUGUUAAGCGAAAGCUUCUUCUAUUCCGUCCACAACCAUUUGAACCAUUUGAACCAUUUGAAUACUUUGAGCGGGCUUUCAGUGCGUUUAUUUUGACUUUCAACGUAACGUCGUACGGUCUGUUUUCUCAGGCUUCUCUACAGUUUAGUAGAAGGAGUUGGUGGACUUCUGCCUUCUCAAAACUACUUUUCAAAUCCUUUGUGUUUGGACGUUCUCCAGACCACUGUUGCGUGGCUACCUAUCGUACAGGUUUUAAAAUGGAUGCUGUUGUGCUACCACAACCUAACGGAGACAUUCUAAGCAGUCCUGAAAAUGGAAUCUCAGGAGAGGCUGUCAAGAAGCGGUUGUCAGUUGAACGAAUUUAUCAGAAGAAAACCCAAUUAGAACACAUACUUCUGCGGCCUGAUUCUUAUAUCGGUUCCACAUUGAAAGACACUCAGCAAAUGUGGGUCUUGGAUGAGAGUCAGCAACAUAUGGUCAAUCGCGAUAUCACAUUUUCUCCUGGUCUCUAUAAGAUUUUUGAUGAAAUCCUGGUAAAUGCUGCCGACAACAAAGUUAGAGAUCCUACCAUGUCAUGUAUAAAAAUCGACAUUAAUCCUGCUGAGAAUAUGAUCCGAAUCUGGAAUGACGGCAAAGGAAUCCCAGUUGUUCACCACAAAGUUGAGAAUACCUACGUCCCUACUCUGAUAUUCGGCCACCUACUCACUUCAAGCAAUUAUGAUGAUACUGAACGGAAAGUGACAGGUGGAAGGAAUGGUUAUGGCGCUAAGUUAUGCAAUAUCUUUAGCAAGAAGUUCAUUGUAGAAACAUCCUCUAAAGAAUACAAAAAAAGUUUCCGGCAGGUAUGGGUCGAAAAUAUGACAAAGACAACUGACCCAAAAAUUUUGGCGGAUAAAGGAGAUGAUUUUACUUGCAUUACAUUCUAUCCCGAUCUUGCACGUUUCGGUAUGAACGAGCUGGAACAAGAUACGGUAUCUCUUUUUACACGUCGCGCAUAUGACAUGGCUGCAACCUGUAAUGGGGUUAAAGUUUUCCUUAAUGGCAAAAGAUUACCCAUAAAGAGUUUUCUGGACUACGUAAACCUUUUUAUCAAACCCAACAAAGAUGACGGAGACAGUGUUAAAGUUGUAUAUGAAGCAGUCAACCCGCGUUGGCAGGUAGCAGUAGCAGUUAGCAAUACGGGCUUUCAGCAAGUCAGUUUUGUUAACAGUAUUGCAACUACUAAAGGCGGAACACAUAUUAAUUAUGUGAGUGAUCAAAUUGUAAACAAGUUAAUGGAAAUCGUCAAAAAAAAAUCCGGAAAAUCUGGUGUCCAAAUCAAACCUUUUCAAAUAAAGAAUCAUAUGUGGUUGUUUGUCAACUGUCUCAUAGAAAACCCCACAUUUGAUUCCCAAACAAAGGAGAAUAUGACUCUGCAGACAAAAAGUUUCGGGUCUACGUGUACUCUAAGUGAGAAGUUUAUUGGACAGGCCUCAAAAUCGGGUAUAGUUGAAAAUGUACUGUCUUGGAUUCGUUUUAAAGCAAUGGAAAAAAUGGACAAGCAAUGUCACAAAUCCAAACAUUCUAAGCUCAAAGGAAUACCUAAAUUAGAUGAUGCAAAUAAUGCAGGGACUAAAAAUUCUUCUCAAUGCACUCUUAUUUUAACAGAGGGUGACUCAGCCAAAACUUUAGCUGUGGCUGGUCUUGGAGUUGUCGGUAGAGACAAUUAUGGUGUCUUUCCAUUGAGAGGCAAACUACUGAAUGUUCGUGAAGCAUCUAACAAACAAAUUAUGGAAAAUGCAGAAAUAAACGCACUGAUUAAAAUUCUUGGACUCCAAUACAAACUGAAAUAUGAGUCGGCGGAUACGCUGAAAGAUUUACGCUACGGCAAGAUUAUGAUUAUGACUGAUCAGGAUCAGGAUGGUUCUCAUAUUAAGGGUUUAAUAAUAAAUUUUGUUCAUUGUAACUGGCCAAAUUUACUAAAGCAUAACGUAGUAGAGGAAUUCAUUACUCCAAUUGUAAAAGUGUUUAAAGGGAAACAAGAAUAUUCUUUCUACAGCUUACCAGAAUUUGAGGAGUGGCAAAAAUCAACUCCAAACUGGCAUACUUGGCGUGUAAAAUACUACAAAGGUUUGGGUACUUCAACAAGCAAGGAAGCUAAGGAAUACUUUUCUGACAUGAAUCGUCAUCGGAUUCGAUUUCGCUACAGUGGGACUGAAGAUGAUGGGAGCAUUCAAUUGGCUUUCGACAAAAGUAAGAUAGCUGAUCGUAAAAACUGGUUGACCAACUUUACACAAGAACGUAAACGUCGACGUGAAUUAGGUCUCCCGGAGCCUUACUUGUAUGGGAAAGAUACUCGAGCAAUAACUUAUCACGAUUUUGUUCACAAAGAGCUAGUGUUGUUUUCGAAUUUGGACAACGAACGGAGUAUUCCAUCUGUUGUAGACGGGCUGAAACCUGGCCAAAGAAAGGUACUGUUCACCUGUUUAAAAAGAAAUCUUAUUAGAGAAAUUAAAGUUGCUCAGCUCGCUGGUUCUGUUGCUGAACUGUCGGCUUAUCAUCAUGGUGAACAAUCCCUGAUGAGCACUAUUAUUGGUUUAGCUCAAAACUUUGUCGGAUCAAAUAAUUUAAAUUUGCUUCAACCAAUUGGUCAGUUUGGUACGCGACUUAGUGGAGGUAAAGAUGCUGCAUCUCCUCGUUAUAUAUUCACUGCAUUGAACUCACUUACACGACUUAUUUUCCAUUUGGAGGAUGAUCCUCUGUUAAAUUAUCUUUACGAUGAUAAUCAACGUAUUGAACCAGAAUGGUAUGCUCCAAUAAUUCCUAUGGUCCUUGUCAAUGGAGCAGAUGGUAUCGGAACUGGCUAUGCAACACAUAUUCUCAACUAUAAUGUUAUAGAGAUAAUAAACAACCUUUAUCGUAUGUUAGAUGGUGAAGAACCGCAUCGUAUGUUGCCGAACUUCCGUGGCUUUACUGGUACCAUUGAGGAUUUGGGUAAUAAUCGUUAUGUUUGCUAUGGAGAAGUUGCUGUUCUAGAUGAUGAUACUUUGGAGAUUACUGAACUUCCUAUCCGGGUCUGGACACAGAAUUACAAAGAAUCGGUUUUAGAACCUAUGUUGAAUGGUUCAGAAAAGGUCCCUGCUUGUAUCACAGAUUACAAAGAAUAUCAUACAGAUGUCACUGUGCGGUUCGUUGUUAAGAUGUCUCCUGAAAAAUUGCGGGAAGCUGAAUCUACUGGACUUCAUAAAUUCUUCAAACUUCAAACAGUCAUGAGUACCGGUUCGAUGGUUUGCUUCGAUCCUUUAGGUUGUUUAAAGUGUUAUCCCAACGAGAUGGUUAUUAUCCGCGAAUUCUACGAAUUACGUCUUACAUGGUAUGAAAAACGGAAGGUCUACUUAGAAGGUGUAUUGUCUGCAGAGGCUCGGAAACUAGAGAAUCAAGCCAGGUUCGUCCUUGAGAAAAUUCAGUCUAUUAUGGUGAUCGAAAAUAAACCAAAGAAAGAAUUGAUUCGUAUGCUUAAGGAAGCCAAUUAUGAUUCAGAUCCUGUUAAGGCAUGGAAAGAAAGCAUAGACAAAGCAGCUGCUGUGCGGGAACAGGAAGAAUCUCGUACAGAUGAAGGUGCCCCUCAAACUGAAGCGGUUGAAGCAGGUCAACCUGACUACAACUAUAUUUUAAAUAUGCCUUUAUGGAGUCUGACAAAAGAGCGCAAAGAUGACUUACUUGCUCAAAGAGAUGCUAAGCAAAAAGAAUUACUCAUUCUAAAAAGUAAAUCUCCUUCCGAUUUGUGGCGUGAAGAUCUUAAGAAAUUAGAGGAGGAGUAUAAGAAAGUAGAAGCGGAGUUGGCCGCUGAUGAACAGGCUGCAAUUGAAGCAGUUGAAAAAAAAUUAAAAAUAGCAUCGACUACGACAGCUGGUCGUGUUGCUGCUACAAAAUCACGUAAAUUAGCAAUGGAAACAAGACCAGAUCCAAUGGGUAGACGAAUUGUUCCGACAGUAGAUGCUGAUAUGAUGAAGAAGGUGGAGGGAAAUAAGAAGAAACGUAAUAAAACAGAAAACGAUCUAAAUGAAGGUAACGAGUUGGAUAAUAGUUUCGAAGCGAAUGAUGAAGAAAACGAUGGAAAUGAUGAACCUAAACCGCUUGCUCAGCGUCUUGGUGCUUCUGAAAAAACAGAUGUACAGAAGACAGCUACUACACGUGGACGUGGUAAAGGAAGAACUGUCCCAACAAGUCGUCCAAAGCUUCUGAAACCAUCUAGUCCAAAUAUUAGUCCUAUUAAACGUAGAAAUGUGGGUGGAAAUGCCAAGCGUAAACGGUCUAGUCGUAUGCCAUGGGAGUCUGGCUCUGACACCGGAGACUCAGAAAGUCAAGUCUCUAUUGAUAGUGAUAAUGAUUAUAUUUCCCCAAUUUCCGGUGGACCUGCUGUCGAUCGUGUACGACGUGAAAAAGCUGCAGCAACAAAAUAUGUUUUCGAUAACGACAGUAGUAGUAAUGAAGAAGAUAAUGAACAAGAGGAGAAUUUUCAAGUUGUUGAUCAUGGACAAGGAAAUAAAGAGAUUGAUAUACCGAUUGUCUCAGAAAUUCCAGACACUAAGUCAUCAUCAAUCCCAUCAAGUAGCCAUGGUGGUGGUGCAUCUGUAAAGGCUGAUUCUGGGUCAACAUCUCGUGGUGCUCCUGGUAUUGCAUCAGGUCGUGGACGUGGUCGUGGUGGCAAAGGACGGCAGUUUUCAGCUCCACCUAAGUCACAACCUAGUAUCAAAUCAAUGUUUCCUCCUACUCAGAAGAAAACCACAAUAAAUAUUUCAACAGACGAUGAUUCUAAUGAUGCCGCAAGUAUAACUACUUCUCAAAAAGAGCCUAGGGUAAAUUCUCGACGUACUGUAACAAAUCGUGCCCGAUACGUAUUUGAUGAUGAAGAUGACGAUCUAGCUAUUGAUUCAGAUGACAGUGGUGCCAAAAAACAAUCCAAAGGUGGUUCACGUAAACGUCAGAAAAACGAUGAUGAUAGCGAUUUUGAACCCGAAAAGGUUAAGAAGGGCAAGUCAAAGAAGGGAGCUCUAGAUGACUCAGAUUUCGAAUUCUCCGACUAGACACUUGUACAGAAAUCCUUUUUUGUUUGAACCAUUUUUUUGUUAAACAACUGUUAUUUCUCUUUUAUAAGGUUGCAUUGUAUUUAUUACAUAUUCCUCCCCGUUUUUUUAUUGGAUAUUUUCGGCCUAGAAAUUUAUCACAUAUACUCAUAUACAUAUAUGUUUCUAUAAUGUCCAUUACCAUAUUGUAUUAAAGUUCAUUUUGGUAUAUACUAAUAACUGUUACAGAAAUGGAUAUACUACUUAUGAUAAAAUGUUAACAGUUUAGUAUGUUACUUGUUUUUGUGGUUUAUAUUCUACGUUAUUUCUCUUAUUGCAUUUUUCAUAAUUAUAUUAAAACAUUUUCUGUUUUUUUACUGCACUAAAUAAUUUAAAAAAAAUAGUUUUUUGUUAAAUAGGUCCCACUUUGGGUUUUUGUCGAUAUUUCUAAGUGUACCUUGUUAUGCUUAAAAAAUUUUAAUCUCAUUAUUUUAUGUGAGGCAUACGAUAAUAAUGAAUCCUUUCGUUGUGCGGUAAUAUCUUCAUACUAAACAAGUUCCACUAAUUGAAAUCUAAUAGUUUCAUGAAUCUAAGCUUAGUAGCUUG